GGCGUUUGUCGCCGUCAGCGCGGUCGGGGAUACCGGCGGAGUUGGUCCACCAGCGCAUCCGGGGACAUCACCGGAGCCGUCCACAGUAUCCAGGAGCCUGAUCUUGAAGCAGGACGUGCCUGGUUUGUACAUCAAAUGCAAGAGAGCCGAGACAGCUGCUCAGAAGAGUUUACUCACAACCCAGAAGAGUUUACAGUCAAUGUCUGUGGUUCUAACGAAGCAGCUCAACACUGGUUCCUGAAUGGCCUCUCUCUUCUGCUGUACCAUGACCAGUGAUGCCAAAUCUGAGCAGUCAACUCCAGCUGGCAACAACAAUCAUCUCUGCUGGCCCAUGUUUUCCCAAAUAAACACUGCAUCCAGGAGGCACAGGUAUGGAUGGCAAGAAAUGCAGCGUUUGGAUGUUUUUACCGCUUGUGUUUACUCUGUUUACAUCAGCUGGAUUAUGGAUAGUGUACUUCAUAGCAGUGGAAGAUAACAAGAUUCUCCCACUGAAUGUACCAGAUAGGAAACCUGGUUCCAAAAGACCACCUUAUAUAAGUAUUGCAGGCGAUGCACCUCCUGCAAGCUGUGUGUUUAGCCAAGUCAUGAACAUGGCAGCAUUUCUAGUGCUUGUCAUGGCUGUCCUGCGGUUCAUUCAGAUGAAGCCAAAGGUGCUAAACCCUUGGCUAAAUGUCAGUGGCCUGGUGACAUUGUGCUUGGCCUCUUUUGGGAUGACCCUACUCGGCAACUUUCAGCUUUCCAUUGAUGAGGAGAUCCACAAUGUGGGCACAUCACUGACAUUUGGCUUUGGAACCUUGGCAUGCUGGAUCCAGUCUGCCCUUACCCUCAAGAUCAACCUGAAGAAUGAGGGACGGAAGGCUGGGAUUCCACGAGUUGCUCUGUCUGCCAGCAUCACCCUCUGUGUGGUGCUCUAUUUCAUCCUUAUGGCACAGGGCAUCCACAUGCAUGCUUCCAGGAUCCAAUGGGGUGUGGCGAUGUGCUUCCUGUGCUACUUUGGCACCUUUGCAGUGGAGUUCAGGCACUACAGAUUUGAGAUCAUUUGCUCUGAGUACCAGGAAAACUUUCUGAGCUUUUCUGAAAGCUUAUCGGAAGCUUCUGAGUACCAGACAGAUCAGGUGUAGCCUGUCCUGUGGGUGGGGGUGGGGAGCAGUUAUGGUCUCAUGGGUUAAACAUGACCUCAUUUACACUUUUUGACGAGUUUGUUUUCAUGUGUAAUCAUGAUUGCAUUGCCAAAGGGCUCUGAGAAUGGCUGUCUCAUUAAGAGCCAAACAAAAAUAGUUGUCUGCUGGAAGAGGAACGGAUCUUUCUCAGCGGCAGCAUGAGAGAGCACAAUCUGUUCAGCUUGUGUUAACAGUGACUCUUUCUGAGGGGCUCUGUCACUCCUGUUGUUCAAAGCAUUCAACAGCCAGUCUUCAUGAUGGCCCUCCAAGACAGCCACUCCUCAGCCUGGUCCGAAGAGGAAGAGAGAAAGGAAAUUGACUUCUUCAGACACUAAGAGUCUUCAGGAGCUGAGUUUGGGCGAAACUGUGCUGUGAUCAGAAAGCAAGACUUGGCUGAUGCUGCCUUGUAGCUUGGGCAGAUGGUUCCCAAGCCAGAGGAGAUGGCCCAGUGCAGUGCAGUGCUGUGCUCAUCUUCACGUUUCAAACUCUACAGCAGGGACUAGUGGAAGCGAAGUUAAGAUGGGAACAUUGGUGUGAUCUGAAGAUGACUCCAAAAAGGCUGCUUCUUUCAAUUGUGUAGUGCUUCCACCACAUAUUGUGUGUAAUAAUUUAAAACCUUUUAUUUUUUUUGUACACAUUGUUCUAAAGACACUGGGCUUGCAUGCAAUCAGAACAGAACUGCAGGUGGUUCUGGACAGAGUUUUGUUUUGCACCUUGUGCAUUUUUGUCAAACAUACUAAUGCUAGGCCUGGACCCCUUAGCAAUGGGCAGUUAUCUGGAGUGGAAUCUGCCGCAGGUUUAAGCAGGCUUCCAAGGUGCAGGGAGUCAGUUCUGUUCUGGAGGUUGGGUGAUAUAGCCUAUAGGCCAGAGGUGCCCUGACGACGCCCAGGUCCCCUGAAGGGAGGGAACAGCAGAACCAGAUUUUCUCCCUUCCUGAAGGCAGGUUUUCAAACAGAAAGCAGAAGUGGGAGCUCAAAGCCCCUGCUUGAAAACCUGAUUCUGGGAAGGCUGCUGUAUUGGCUGGACAGGGGAGUGAUGGGAGUUGUUUCUCAUGAACUGUUUCUUUCUGAGUCAGGUUCAGCUUAGGUUGGCAUGUUGUCUGAGCAAAA